AUGGAUAAAGAAGACAAAUUUCCUCUUCACACGGCUGCUCGUGAAGGGCGAGUAACCAUAGCUGAAGGACUACUUAAGGUCAGAGCUCAAUCUCCUUUCAACCCAAAACUAUCGCAGCGCAAAGAUGAUGAUGGCCGGUAUCCCAUUCAUUGGGCGGCCUCUUCAAACAACUUCGAUAUCGUUCAGCUGCUGGCCAACCAACAAAGUUUCGAUGCUGAUGUCCAGGACGAAAGUGGAUGGUCUCCUCUCAUGAUCUCAGCCAGUGUCCCCGAUAGUGAAACUGUUCUCAAGCUCAUUAUCUCCAAAGAUGCCGACGUGAACCUCAAGAACUCCGCGGGACAGACUGCCCUCCACUUUGUAUCUUCCAAGAAGAACCUCGACAUCGGUCGCAUUCUCAUCGACAACGGCGCAUCUACUCGAGUUCGCGACCGCAGGGGCCAGUAUCCAAUCCACCGCGCAGCUGCAGCUGGUUCUGUACCCAUAGUGAAUCUCCUGCUCAAGAACAAGAGCCCAUUGAACCCUGCAGAUAACGAGGGAUACACUCCCCUGCACCACGCAAUUGCAGAAGGCCACGGAGACACUGCUGUUGCACUCCUAAAAGAAGGCGCAGACUUUACCCUCAAGACUAACGCAGAGGAGCUAGCAAUGGAUCUUGCACCAGACAAGGAAGUACGGCGAUAUAUCUUACAAGGUGCCGAGCGCGAGGGUAUCGAGUUGUCGGGGUAG